CAAUUUGGGUUCUCCAAAAUGCAUAUUUUGAUUACAAAAUGGCUCAAAUUUCCCAAGUCUGUGCUGAUGUUAAAAUACAGUCUUCAGCUGACAAAUUCUAUGGUUUCUUUAGGCACAAAAUGCACCAUUUGCCUCAAAUAUUCUCUAAGAAAGUCCACAGCUUUGAAUUCCUUGAAGGAAAUGACUUCACUCCUGGCUCCCUCAUGCACUGGACUUACGACAUUGUUGGGCCAACCAAAACAAAGGUAAAAGUGGCAGAUGUAGACGAAGAAAACAAGUCGAUCACGUACGAAGCUGUUGAAGGAGACAUAUUGAGCCAAUACACCUUAUUCAGGUCGAAGUUCCGAGCCUCCGAUGACGGAGAAAACGGAGGCGCCAUUGUGAAUUGGUCGUUCGAGUUCGAGAAGGCCAACGACAACAUCCCGUCCCCAGAAGCUUACCUGGAAUUUGUUUCUAAGAUCUCAACUGUACUUGAUACUUACCUUGCUGUCAACUGAUAGACAGCAAGGCCUUUGGCGCUAUUGUGCUAUGAAUAAAGGGAGCCAUUGUUGAUUGCUUCCCCAUCUCUAUGUAUAUCUAUUUAUUGUUAUGCAUUUUACUUUGACCUUUCAUAAAUAUUUGAAAUUUUUUAGUU